AGGCAUGACGAUAGAGGGGUAAGAUGGGUAUCCAUGACAGCCUAGUUGUUGUUGUUAGAUGGUGCUAAACUAGCUUUGGGUUGAAAACAUUAAAACAUUUUAAGAGGGUGGUAUGGUCAACCGUCCAUCUUCCAGAAAAAUACAAUUCACAGCUAAUUAGAACUUUUGUAUUUCUGAAUAUGUCGUUUUUGAAAAAAACGUAGACAUUUCUGUCCUUAGGUGACUUAAUUCCUCUGCUAUAUUCACCCCGUUCUAGACGUAUCAGUAUAAAAUUGGCCAUAUUCAAGUAAACAGACAUCCUACAGGACUGAGGACUUGAGUAGUGGAGCUCACGGAAAGUGAGAACGAUGGUACACCCCCAGCGAAAGAGGCAACGGGGACGGGAAUCAGAGGAUAGCUUAACGGAGGACCUAUCGGAGAGGGAUAUGGGGAAAUUGUGAACAAGAAAAUGAUUUCGAGAUACAGCAGACGACCUGUGUCACACAGCCUGGAGAUACGUGGGCUUUCUCGGAGCAGUUUGGAUAAUCACCCACUCCCAGAGGUGGAUGAUGACAACCUAUCUCCAUGCUACCUGCAAGACCUUCAAGAAGCUGUCCCUACUGACAACAGCAGCAACUCGGAGAGUUCAGAGGUGUCAGGGGGGUCAAGCUGCCCAACGUUGACUGCAGGUGAUACAACACGAUCUUGGUCUGGGAUCCACAGCUACACUGGCACUGGGCUCUCCACCGAGCGAAGCUCUGUCUUCUCUUGGGGCUACGAUGAGUUUGACAAGGCAGCGUCACGGCAGGUACAACAGAUGUUUGAGGAGAUCGACAAGGAGCUCUACAAGGAAGGGGCAGGUGGGCAGCUGCGUGGACUGCAGGAGGAGUGCCAGCAGUGGAAGUCCAGGUUCUCCCACCUCCGGUAUGUCAUUCUGUGCUGCACGUGUACACAGUACAUUGUAGUGUUAGACAGGGAUCAUUUUUAUAAUGGCGUCUCUCUGUCCAGGCUGAGUGUGCAAGGACGGAAGGCCGUGUUGUCCAAGCCCUGUGCAGAUGCUGACACGCCCCCUGGAGCACCCCCUUGGCUGAAGAGUGUGGAUGAGCCACGGGUGAUUGCAGCAGAGGGGCUGGUAGAGGAGUACCUUGCCUUUGACUGCAGGGACCUGGAGGAGGAGUGGGAGAGGGGGAAGGUAGGGUUCCGCAGGAGGAAGGGUCUUCCCCCGGUGUCUCCAUGCCACUGUCGGCGUCAGGCGGUGCUGGACCUGCUGUUCGAUGAUGUCUGGAGAGAACUGGUGGGCUGCAUGGAGGAGCUGGUUCGCAGGCUCUGGGAGGGCUGUAGCUCUGAUGACGAGAGGAAUGCUGUGACAGUCAUCCCUGUGCGUCCAGAUUCAGACAGUUCAUUCCUGCCGGCGGUGCAACUGAGAGUCAGCCAGCCCAGGGCCCCCUCUUUCUCCACCAGCCUACAGCCACAGAGCACAAAGUCAAAGCACAAGUCCAGCCGGAAAUCCAAAAGGCAGAGAAAGCCUCCUCCUUCCAGCAGAGUGCCUGGGAGUGCCCACCACAACCUCAAUGGCCUCAUCGUCAUCCACGGGAUCCCCCUACAGCAGAGGACCCUGGGAGUCUUGGAUAAAACACAGGAAUCAGAAGAGAGGAUGUCUCAUCGUCCGGGUUCGAGUGCCAUCCCCUCCAGCAGAUCUCGUCCUCGCCGGCAGCUGGAACAGAGCUCUUCCUCACUGUCACGUCCCCCACAGUCUGCCCGGCGUCGGAACCCUCCUCCACGAACCCUGCACCCCAUCACCCCUGGUCUGUCACAGUCCGGCACCCUGGGGUCCAUGGAUGAGGUCAUUCGUGGAACACGCCUGCACACUGCAAGCGACCGCCUGGCCUCCCCCCCAAUGCCCUUGAGCCGCAACAACCUACUUCCACCUAUCGGCACAAGUGACGCUGAUCCCCCACCCCCGGGACAGAGCCUCCGUCAGGUUCAGAGGCAGCGGGGGUCCUCCAGCAGAGCACACAGCGCAGUGCCGGACGAGACGGGGGCCCAGCCCCCCCGCGAGAGGCUUCAGACGCUGGACGUCUUCUCACGCCCCAACACCACUCACACCUUCCGGUCAGACACUCCGUACCGGCGAUCUUUCACUGUGCUGGACAGCGUUGGACAGGGCCGCCUGGGUAGGUCGGCAGGCACAGAUUCGCUGGGUAUUGGGGUUACUGGUAUCAGCCUGGGCAUCAGCAGUUCCUCCUUCCUGGACUCCUUCCAGCACCAUGUGCUCGGGCAUUCACCCAUUGAAGAUGAGGAGGAGCCUGAUUCAUCCCUGCCCCCACCAGCUCUGCUGGUUCCUGUGCCUGUUCCAGCUCGCUCCUACUCCAGGGGUGGCUACACUUCACGGAGCAGCCGACAGGGGCUAUAGCACCUUCUACAGAUACAAUGUUGUACUGCAACACGCCACAAGGACAAACCGCCUGCACAGCACACAGGAUUACCUGGGUACACGGACGCUUUAUAAAGCAGCUUUUAUGAAUGCAUAGUUUUUUAAAUGCCCUAUUUUUGUACACUGAAUUACAAUUUAAGUGGCUGCCAAAGACCGUAAGCAAUUUGCCUAGUUUUACAGUUGCUACCAAUGUCUAGAUGUUAUCUUUUGUCUCUCCUCCACAGAUAAUGCACAUUUUGACAUUCCUGGUCUAUGAUGGAACAGAUAAGCAGCAAAAAAUGUGACUAUUUUAGGUGGGUCAGGUUUGCAUAAUGAUGGUUUGAUAGUAUUGUACCACAUAAACCACAACAGAGACACUACAGAAAAUACAAUUUUCUUGGUGAUAUUGAAAGGGAAAGUUCCAUAAGGCUACUUUUUUUCUCAGUAGCUCUAAUGAUUGCACUGUUACAUAAGGCACGUAAGAGGCAGUCCAUGAAGAGUGACAGAAUACUUAGGGCCAUUUCCACAUCAGCAAUGAAGGGUAAUGGCAGUCUGGCACUACCAGGUUCUGCUGCUCCAGCACAUACAGGCUGGGCAGUACAGCUUCUCCAGCUCUCAGGCAAAACGAGUCCAUCUUCAGUGGGCUAACUAAAAGCUUGACAUGUACAAAUGUUCUACAAUAAUAUUUCUUGCUGUACCAUGUAUUUUAUACACAAAAACUUGUGUAAUAUAAUUACUCAAGCAAAUAAAGCUUUUUUGUACUGGG